AUGUCCAAGUCCCGAACCCCCCUCCUGAUUGCGACAGCUGCCGCGGGCGGCGUGGGAUACUACCUGUAUAGCGCUGGCGGGAACGCAAAGGCCGCUGAGAACAAGUUCGAGAGCGACGUGCACAAGGCUUCUGCCAGCGUCAAGGCGCGACUCCCUGGCAGCUCGCCGAACACUGAGAAGGAUCUCAAGGGCUACGGCGCCGAAGCGGGUGCUAAGAUCGACCAAGCAAUCGCCGAGGCGGACAAGCAGGCCGGCCGACUCAAGAGCAAUGCCGAGGCCUACGCGAAGGAGGCUCGCGCCGAGACCCUCAAGGCCGUCGACAAGUUCGACAACACCGUCCAGGACGGCACCGCCAAGGCCAAGGGCGGCAUCUCCAGCUGGUUUGGCGGGAGCAAGUGA